AUGGGAAAAAAACAAAGUCACAUCUGUUCAGUCCAGCAGGCCAGCUUUCUGCUGAGGGCAGCUCUGCUCUCCGUCCUGCUGUGCGGCCCGCCACAUGUGCUGUCGGACUCAGACGAGGCGGUCCUGACCGAGUGGGAGAUCUGGAAAAGCAGCCACGGCAUAAGCUAUGAUGAAUCAGAUGACAUGCACAGGAGGGCCAUCUGGGAGGAGAACAAGCGACUGAUUGAAAACAACAAUCAAGGGUUUUUUAUGGGGAUGAGGCCGUUCUCUAUGGCCAUGAAUAAAUAUGGCGAUCUGACAAAACAAGAAUACCAGGUUUUGCAAGGUGCCAAUAUAAACGCCCGGCACGUAAGGAGAGGAAGGGAAGUCUCGGCCUGGAGGCUGCGCAACAAUGCAAAGAAGUUUGAUUCCUGGUUUGUCGACUAUAGGAAAAUGGGUUACGUCACUGAGGUUAAAGAUCAGGGUUACUGUGGCUCAUGCUGGGCCUUCAGCACUACAGGAGCUAUAGAGGGACAAAUAUACAAGAAGACCGGUCAGCUUGUAUCCCUGAGUGAGCAAAACCUAGUGGACUGCUCCAAACCUUACGGUACCUACGGCUGCAGUGGUGCCUGGAUGGCCAACGCCUACGACUAUGUGGUGAACAACGGCCUGCAGUCGACAAACACCUACCCGUACACCUCAGCGGACACCCAGCCCUGUUACUAUGACAGCAGACUUGCAGUUGCUCAUAUCAAAGACUACAGGUUCAUACCCAAAGGAGAUGAGCAGGCUCUGGCCGACGCUGUGGCAACUAUAGGACCCAUCACAGUAGCCAUUGAUGCAGAUCAUUCAAGCUUUAUGUUCUACAGCUCAGGAAUAUACGACGAGCCCAACUGUAACCCAAAUAACCUGAGUCAUGCAGUACUGCUGGUUGGCUAUGGUUCAGACGAUGGCCAAGACUACUGGAUCAUCAAAAACAGCUGGGGAUCCAGCUGGGGUGAAGGCGGCUAUAUGAGACUGGUCCGGGAUGGCAGAAACGCUUGUGGUAUUGCCAGUUAUGCCUUGUACCCCACUCUGUGA